CUUGGUCGGGACAAGGUUGGCAUUGAUCAUGGAAAUCAAAAGGCCUGUAACGGGGACGAGGCAAACAUUGAAGAGGAGAUUGACCACCAAAGUUUCCGAAACAAUUCGUCAGGCCAGGCAGCAAGCGCGAUGUGCGCUACACUCUAGCAACAACUUCUUCACGGUAGCUUCGCAGGGCGUGCUGGGCGUAAUCAUCGGUGUUGGCUUCCAUUGGACAUACAUCGAAUUUGACAAGGCAACCAUAGGGGCCAGCGAUUCCUCGGGGUCGGACGCAACUUUUAUGAGACAGUAUGGAACGAGCAAGCCGGUCAUCAUGAGCUGGAUUGGAUGCUGUUUCUCAUUUCCAAUCAGACGAAGACAACACAAUUCGUGACAUGUAUGAUGCUGGACCCUGGAUAUUUUGUCAUGGCGUAACUUGAAGAUAUAUUGACGAAUGUGCCUUAUGAUGAUGCAUUCAGAGUAUUCCU